CGUUUCGUUUCUCGGCGCAUUUUAUACUAUUGCACGUUUGGUGUGCUUGUGUGCAGUGCAUACAUUCAUGCUAUCAUUUGGUAUGUCAUUGAGAAAUGAGAACAGACGUGGAAGAUGUGAUGGCAUACUGUCAAGGAGUAAAAUCAAUUGACGAAGUGCUGGACACAUUGUUAGAGCCAGUUCAUCAUUACAAGUCCGAAUCUGAACGAAGAACGGUGUAUGAAGUCUGGCUCAUCAUCGUAAAAGCGGCAGAAGAAACACCUUUCCAAGAACAAGAGCCUAUUGUAUGCCUUUGUGAGACUUUAAAACAACGUAAAGUUCCAAUUGACGAGGAAAGCAAACGUGAUUGGCGUUUGAACGAUGAUGAACUUGAUGAUGAUAGUCAGCCUCCACCCUUUCUAGGUGCGAUCAUUCGAGAAGAAUUGGAUAUCGUAUCAGAUCAUUCCGACGCAUACAUCAAUCUGUGUGCCUUUUCAGCCUAUCUUACCAUUUGCAGCACAGCAAAUCUAGGUGACUACUGCCUGCAUGCCCUCUGGAUGAUUCGAGAAGCAUUUGAAGAUCAUGAGUCGAUAGCGGAUCUCGUACUUCACCAAUCAAUCACAAAAAUCCGAGCGGCAAGAGUGUGGUUGCAAAUAGCAGGUAGUAGACUGAAUAAAGCCUGCUUAGAGAAUGAAGAAUUCUUUGGAAAGAUGGGAACCAUUGGCAAAGGAGCUCAGUCCGAGCUUGAUGAGAGUAUAAAAGGAUUUACGAUAGGACGUUGGCAAUUCUGGCACUCUCGAAUUGAAGGCUUGUAUCAAACUUCUCGGCUUGAUGAUGAAAUGAGACAAGAGUGCAAACUAGCCCUACAAGCAAUGAAUGAAAGUGGUAGAUGAGUAAGUACAUCAUGAUCGGGCUAUGUCUUUUGUUUUGUCGGGGAGUGCUUGUGAUCCAUUAGCGCCAAAGCAUUGCAAAAGUGCCACGCUAUUCCUAGGCAAAGUUUAAAUGUUGCCAUGAUCAUGCGGUCGCUACAGUCUUCGGACAUCCAAAUAUCAGGAAGACACCGAACAGCUUGCAUUA